UCUACCCGGAAGUCAGGCUUCAUGCGACCCGCACAAUCGAUUAUCGUUGAGUUAUCUUGCACUUGUAUAUAUGUGUUUUCGCUGUUAAUUGGCGCAGUCGUUGUUAUUUUGCCAUACGUUUUGUUUAGCUAGUUCUAGAGAACGCUGUUAUUUUGGCUCGUGUGAGAUUUACUAUUAGUUGGCAGUCCUUCUCGACUGGGUGAUGUUCUUAAUACAGUGUAUUGUUGUUCAACGUACCGUUUCAUCAUCGUCAUCGCUGUUACUUUAGUCCACGGGCUUUUGGUGUUGGAGAGUCGUCAAAACCACAACAUGUUUCCUCGUAGUGAACAAAGUGGGCUUCUGGGCUUCUAUAAUGGAUCAUUUACACGACCCACUGCCUCUUCACGUUUUUAUUUCAACCCACAAUCACAGCGGUCCCAUAUUAACAACUAUGCUGGACCGGAGAGUCUGCCACUUUAUCAAUGGAAGCCAACAUCAAUCCCAGAUUACCCCGUAGGUCCCCCAGUCGCCAACAGUCGUAAGAGACAAUACAGCACUGGCAGCCCAAACCGAUAUGUGAAACGUCAGCGGGUUGAAUCCUUUCAUUCAGAUGAAAUCUCUCCUUCAUUUGAAUCUCCCCCUCUUCCUCAACAUCGUUGCCCCCCUCACCAAGCAAUCUCUGGGGCAUCUCAUGGUACGACUCCCAAUGUGUCUUAUUACUCCAGCCCACCAGCUCACACGCCUAGCUCUCCUGAAACCUCCGACAGUCUGCAGUCUUAUACAAAUGACAAGGUGAGUGCUCAGAUGGUGGAACUUUUUGAAGCCUGUCGGCAACAGUAUGUGGACUUGUGUCGGAAAGAGACGUGUAGAGCACAACUACAGAAAGAUAUACGAAGUUUAUACCCAGAUGCAAGGCUGUACCUGACUGGCUCUACUAUGAGUGGUUUGGGCUGUCGCAGUAGUGAUGCUGAUCUCUGUCUGGUUGUUAGGAUGAAGAAAAAUUAUGAUAAGGCCAUCCAUGUUCUCUCUGCACUCUUGAGAUUACUUCGAACUCUAGCAUAUGUGGACAAAGUGCUGCUGAUUAGAGCGAAAGUGCCAAUUCUACGGUUCAAAGAGAAAGGCAGUAACCUGGAGUUUGAUCUGAAUGUCAACAACACUGUGGGAAUUAGAAACACAUUUCUACUGAGGAGUUACACCCAUGCUGACAUCAGGAUACAACCCCUUUUGCUUGUCAUCAAGAAAUGGGCACGGCAUUGUGAAAUCAAUGAUGCUAGCAAAGGGACCUUGAGCAGCUACACUUUAGCUCUGAUGGCACUGAACUACCUUCAAAUUCUGAAACCCUGUGUUCUUCCUUCACUGCAGAGGGACCAUCCAGCAUGUUUUGAUCCUUUGUUGGAACUUGAUAUGGUCCCAGAUGGUUCUCGACGUGUCCCACACUACAGAUCCAAAAACAAAUCCUCUUUAGGAGAUCUUUUUCUGGGAUUCCUUAAGUACUAUGCCUUUGACUUCAGAUGGGACAGCCAGAUAGUCUCAGUUCGAGAGGCCAGAACUUUACCAAAGACUUCUCCAGAUUGGAAGAGUAAAUUCAUUUGUGUUGAAGAACCCUUUGAGAGGCAUAAUGUUGCCAGAGCUGUUUAUGAGAAAGCAAAGUUUGACACCAUCAAAGCAAAGUUUGCUGAGUCGUAUCAGAUUCUAGAUGAGAGGAAAGACCUCAACUCGCUUCUCCCACUCGGAGUCAUAAUUCACAAAGAGCGGACUGGAAGAUAACAGAACAGGGAGAUCUUUGCAAUCAGCCUCUACCUCAAGGCCAGUGGAUAUAAGUUUGAUGGAGUUCUUCAGUAUUCUGUGCCUCAAACCUGUUUUUUAUGCCCAGGCAUACACAAUGUUCUGUUUAUGUGUCAUCAGCAACAAACUAAAGGCCAUUGUGAUGGAGGCUUUUUUGGUACAGUGUGGGCAUAGAUCAGUAUUUCCAAAGAAAUGUCAAAUGUUACAUUUAUAACUGACUACAAGUGUCUACUGUGGACUUUGCAUAUCUAAUGUAUCUGCAAAUUGUUUAAAUCUUUUAUUAGUUACUGUUGUUAAUUGCAACAAUAAGGAAUGUUAUUAUUCUUUGAGAAUUUCAGUGAUCAACAUCACAAUUCUGUUAUAUGUAGCAAUUGAUUAAUAAAUUUAAAUCAUAAUGUUUAUUACAAUAAAUGUUCAUAAAAAAAAAAAAAUAAAUAUGUUCCUCACCUUA